AUGCGAAAACAUGGUGUUCCUAAACAUAAUUGUGAUGUCUGUAGUAAAUCAUUUAGUUCCAGUACAGUGUUAAAGUUUCAUCAAAGAACACAUUCUGGAGAGAAACCUUUUAAAUGUGAUGUUUGUGACAAGUCGUUUGUUCGUAAUGAUUGCCUCCGAAGUCACAUGAACACUCACUCAAAAGACAAACCUUUCAAAUGUGAACUGUGUGACAAGUCUUUUGGACAAAAACGUAGGUUAAAGACACACAUGAGAAAACAUACUGGAGAAAGACCUUUUAAAUGUGAUUGUGAUGUUUGUGGUAAAACUUUUAGUAUUUAUACUAAUUUAGAAAUUCAUAUGAGAAUACACACUGGAGAGAAACCUUUCACUUGUGAUAUCUGUAGUAGAUCAUUUAGUCGAAGUCAUUCGCUGGAAAUUCAUAUUAAAAAUCAUAUUGGAGACAGACCCUUUACUUGUGACAUCUGUGGGAAAUCUUAUGUCAAAGGAGCUUUAUUAAAUCAUCAUGUUAGAAUACAUACUGGAGAAAAACCACAUACUUGUGAUGUUUGUGGUGAAUCAUUUAGACAAAGAAGAAAUUUAUUCAAUAGACAUGUUAAAAACCAUACAUUAACUAAAGACUUUUAUUGUGAUGUUUGUGGCAAGUCUUAUAAAACCACUGGUCAUUUAAAUGCUCAUUAUAAAACCCAUACUGGAGAGAAACCAUUCAACUGUGAGUUUUGUGGGAAAUUUUUUAGUACCCGAAAUGAAUUGAAGAACCAUCGACGCUAUCAUACUAAUGAGAGACCCUACCACUGUCCUAUUUGCGAUAAAAAGUUCUGUACUUCUAGUAACUAUCGGCGUCAUAAGCUAACUCAUUCUGGAGAUAAACCUAGUAAAUGUGAUAUCUGCGGUAAUUUAUUUGGAAAUAACUGGAAUUUAAAAGUUCAUAAACAAAAAUUACACUUUAUUUUUUAA